AACCUCACACGGGUGCACAUGUCGGACGUGGUAGAUGACAUCAACGAGCGACACAUGAGGCCAUGGUCAGACGCCUGUCACCGAGACAACCUGUCCAACACGCCGCUCAACCCGUUCAUAGACCAGG